AUGACUCUGAGAGGACACAAGAAAGGCGUUGCCGCCGUGAGAUUCUCGCCGAAUGGCAAAUGGAUAGCUAGUUGCUCCGCCGACCGUACAAUCAAAGUAUGGAAUGCUCAAACCGGAACUCUAGUCCACACACUGGAAGGUCAUAUUGGUGGAGUCUCGACCAUCUCUUGGGCCCCCGACUCCACUGUCCUUGCAUCAGGUUCAGACGACAAAUGCAUCAGACUCUGGGACGUCAGGACGGGACAAUGCAUGCCGACACCUCUGACCGGCCACCACAACUACGUAUACAGCAUCGCUUUCUCGCCCAAGGGUAACAUGCUUGUCAGCGCUUCAUACGAUGAAGCAGUGUUUUUGUGGGACGUCCGCACAGCACGAGUGAUGAGAUCGCUACCAGCACAUUCAGAUCCAGUAUCUGGAGUCGACUUUGUACGAGACGGGACACUGGUGGCAUCUUGCUCGAGCGAUGGUCUCAUUCGAUUAUGGGAUGCCAACACUGGACAAUGUCUAAAGACGCUCGUACACGAAGAUAAUGCGCCAGUCACGUCAGUCCGAUUCUCGCCGAACGGCAAGUUUGUGCUUGCAGCAACUCUAGACUCAAGCUUGCGGCUAUGGAACUAUGUUGAGGGACGUUGCAUAAAGACAUAUCAAGGGCACAAAAACCAGAAGUACAGCAUCAAUGCGUGUUUUGGUACGUAUGUAAAGGAGGACGAGGAUGAAGAGGAAGCGGCGUUCGCCAUAUGUGGUGACGAGGACGGCAAGGCGGUGCUUUGGGAUGUCAACACGAAAAAGGUGCUGCAGGUCUUGACUGGACAUGAUGAUGUGGUCCUUGGAGUCGAUAGCAGCCCAGACAGCCUGAUGGUGGCGACGUGUAGCCUGGACGGAAGCAUCAGGGUGUGGAAGAAUGGCGUGGAUCAAUAA